GACUAAUCGGAACCAGAGCCUUGAGCUGUGUCUCUGCUUGCUCUGUGAUUAGCUUCUCCAACAAGCCCUUAAAUCUCAAGCUCCGACACUGCAGUAAACACAGUCGCAGCAACACAUGAACUCCUGCAAAUCUCUUAUUCGUACCUCAAUAUCUUCAUUUGGAUUGGUUCCUCGAUCAAUCCCUAGUUCCUCCAUCACCUUUAUCUCAGUUCGCACUUUAUCUCCUCUCUCUCUUCUCCCUCCAAAUCCAUGCAUUGGAACAGCUCGACGCACAUUUCGCUCAACGACAUUCUCGCAGUUUAAUGGAGCUGCGGCGGCUCUUUCACCGGAGAGCUUCACGGAAGAAUCUCCCAAGGAUACUGUGAAGGAAUUACUAACAACUAAUCGUGUUGAAGCGUCAAGAAGCAUGAUGAAGAUGGAGCGGCGGAGCAUUUUGAGCGAUGGUGAGGGUGAUUGUAGAGGAUCAUGGUUCCCUUACGAAGACAGGUUCAGGUGCGGUGAGGUGCAUCUUAGUAGCCGUGAGGUGUUGGAGGCUGUGACUCCUCAUAUGAUGGAAGAGAGGAGAGAUAGAUUUAGGCGUGUUGUGGAGAAUCGAAGCUACUCGGUGUGUCUUGUGGUUGAAGGUCUCUCUGAUUUUGGAAACAUCUCUGCUGCGUUCCGCUCUGCUGAUGCCUUGGGGAUUCAAUCCGUACACGUCGUUUCCUGUGACAGCUCCAAAAGGUAUAACGGAAAUCGCCAUGUGAGUAUGGGAGCUGAGAAAUGGUUGGACAUUGAGUUUUGGGACACACCGAAAGAAUGUUUCAAUGCUUUGAAGUCUCGUGGUUACAGAAUUGCCACAACGCAUUUGGGGAUGGACACUGUUUCCAUUUACGAUAUGGACUGGUCAUGCCCAACAGCAAUAGUUGUUGGAAACGAGGGCAGCGGAAUAAGUGAUGAAGCCUUGGAGUUGUCAGAUUUGUGUUGCAGUAUUCCGAUGAAUGGAAUGGUUGAUUCAUUCAAUGUCUCAGUGGCUGCAGGGAUUCUGAUGCACCACGCAGUCUCUGACAGAAUCACUCGUCUGGGAAGUCAUGGAGAUCUGUCCGAAUCAGAGAAAGAUAUAUUGACUGCUGAGUUCUCACUUCGUCACAGUAGAAGCUCACUUAGCAUUGCUUACGAGUUCGCUAAACGUAAACAAAACUCUACUUCUUUCUAAUUUCGGAAACCGUAUUGUCUUUUUUCUUUCUGUUCUGGGUGUUACAGGCUUCGAAAUCUCCUUUGUUUUGUAAUCAAAUAUUUUUCCGGACACCUUCCAUCAAACGUAUUUGCCUUUUCAAUC